GUUAAGUUUAUUUGUUGCUCCAGUAUCAGGGGAGGUACUUCUGGUAAAAGGUUGGCACUCUUCCCGAUAACCACUCCUUCUGCUCAUCCAAACAAUAACUGCGCAACAGCCGGAAAAUCAAAGCAGACUGACUGUGUCCGGGGGAUUUUUCCUCUACUUCAUCAGACACUAACAAUCUAAAGAAGCAGGCAGGAUGGCUGUGUCCAUGACGAAGGCGGACGGGGUCGCCGUGUUCACUGUGACCUCUGACCCCCAGAGCGUUUGUCCUCCAAUGUGCCAAAUCCUUAAAGCCCUUUGCUACAACCCUGUGUGCUGCUCUGUGUCUCAGCAGCUGGGGAGGGUCCAGAGAUCUUCCCAGUCAAUACUGGGGGCUCUGCACAUCAUGGUUGGGUUGCUCAACAUCGGCCUCGGAGUGAUCCUCCUGUGCAGUCACAGCGGCUCCUGGUACCAGAUGGAUGAAACCGUGUUUCCUCUUUGGCUUGGAGCUAUAUUUGUGUUGUUUGGCAUCAUUGGCAUUGUGUCUGAGAAAUGCCCCAGCCCGUGCUUGGUCAUCAUCAAUGCGAUCCUGAAUCUAGCGGGAAUUGGUUUUGCCAUCGCUGCCAUCGUACUCUACAGCAUCAAUAUAGCAAACGUGGGCCUGUGGUGGAUGUGCCACAGGGACGAAUAUGAUUACUAUUCGUACAGCAGAUCCACUACAACUCCAUCUCCUGGAGAGGAGGUCAUGAAGGAGCGCUGCUUGGAGGCCAAAGAAAACAUUUUGAUGCUCUUGAGAAGCAUGAACGCUGUGCUGAUUGUCCUGUCGGCCCUGGAGCUCUGCCUCGUCAUCAGCUCCGCCGUCAUGAGCAUCAAGGCUCUGAGGAGCCGCGGGAAAGAAGGAAACAAGAUUGGUGAGCCGGAGCUCUAUAAACCACUGCUGGAGGAAGUCACCAGUAACCCUGUUGCCUAAACCAAAAUCUCUGCUUUGUGCUUUCAGUCAGCAGGUACAAUAAUCCUGCUCAUUUAUACCACUGACUCUCUGUAACCUCCAUGAUACAAACUUCUGGGUCUUUUCUUACAAGAGUUGCUUAAAAAUACUUGCACUUAAAUUUUAGAGUACUUUUGUUAAUAUUCUACACUAUUUUAUGCUGCUGUCCUUUUUUUAGUUAUUUUUUCUUAAACUGUUUUCAUUAAUUAUUUCUAUCGAUUAUUGUGCCUUAUAGUCAAUAGGUUUGUCGGUUAAAGGGAGGUUCAUAUGUGAGUGUGAUGGACACACAUCGAUGGACUGGUGAGAGUUUUUGUUGCUAUUUUACAAUAGUAAGCCAUGUCAGAACUGACUAUUACAUAUAUUUUGUUUUUUUGUGUUUCUUCUCUAUGCUGUAUAUUAAAUCUUUAAGUGAAAUGAGAAAUUGAGAAAUUAAAUCAGUUUAAUAACUAGUUUUGCUCUUCGUGUGCAAAAUAGGAACAGUUUGUAUAAAAGGAGUUUCUGGCCAAUUAAAGUUAAAUAAAAUAAAGUCUGCUCAGCACUGUCGA